UUUCGCAAGCUAAUCCGUAAGCUGCGCUUUGUGCGCUUGAUUUGUCAAGAGGACAAGUGUAGCGUAGCGAAGCGAAGCGGCAUAUACGUUACGUCGUCGUGCCGGAUGCCGCUGCAUUAACUUGUGCUUGUCGGCGUGGAAGCGCCGACUCAAACGAUUCGAGUAACGAUCGUGCCAAGGAACCAACAACCGGAAAGCUACGACGACAACGACGACGAAGACGAAGACGACGACGUCGACGACGACGACGACGACAAGAAAGAAACUAAAGAGGACGAGGAGGAAAACAACGACGAGAAGGACCGGUAGCGACGCAACGCGUAGCCGACGGCAACGUGUCGGCGAUGUGGCGAGCGUCGCAGAUCGCUGGGUGUCCGGCAGGGAUGCUCACGCGUUUCCUGACAGCGAGUAUCUUGAUGGAAGGGUGAGGAAGUCAACGUAAGAGAACCUCUCGAAGUGUGCACGUCUUUACGUGCGAGUGAAAAAGCACAAGGUCGUUUUUCUGAUCUACGUCCGAGAGGCCAUUCCGCGUCCACCAAGGACGAGUUUUACCGAGAUUCUCGUCGUUCUACGGUAGAUAAAUAAAAUUACUAUUCAACAACCAAAUAAAGAUUGCGAACGAUGGCAUCGCAAAGUCAGAUCACCGUCAACGUCGCUUCGUCCGAAAACGCGACGCCGGCGGCAAACGGACCGCCGUCGACGUCCGCGCCGUCGACCGAAUCCACCGUCCUGGCCAGCGAGAUGGCAAUUUCGGCUGUAAAGGCGCAGACUCUCGUUACCGGUGUUCAACCAUCGCAGUCACAACAGGCUAACAACAUUGAACCGCUAGAUAAAAGUUCCUCUAAUACUCUGAAGCGAAAUCCAAAAAUGGAGUUGAGCAAAACCGAUUUGCUGAAAUUGCUGGGAUACCUGGAGGGUGAGCUCCAAGCAAGAGACAUUGUGAUAGCAGCAUUAAAAUCAGAAAAAAUGAAGCAUCUUCUAAGUUCCCGCUAUCUAACCAGUACUUCGGAUCCGCACGCCGCACUAGCUCGCGAUGUGGCAAUAGUAGGUGGCGUUAUCGGAGUCGAGGGAAAUCAAAUUGAUCAACAAGUUGCUAGUCUAGAAGCGUUGGUGACACAGCAAAGGAAGGCGCAAUGCAGGAUGACUAAAGUUCUUAGAGAUGCUGAAAUUAGACAUAGAGCAGUGAUUAAAGAAUUAGAAGAGGAGAAGCGGAAACACGAACACGAUACCGCUCAAGGUGAUGACAUCACGUACGGUCUUGAGAAAGAACGAACAAGACUGAAGAAAGAGCUAGAAUUAGAAAAACAAGAGAAGAAGCGAUUAGAGGUCGAAUUGAAGAAGAUGACCGAUCAUCUUGAGGAGGAGAAGAAUCGGCAAAAGCAGAUAGUACUCCUGCUCUUAGCGGAACGCAAAAAAAUAAUCAUGAAGUACAUCGAGGAGAGAAAACGGUCUGAAGAUCUAGCUCAAAUACUUAGCGAAGAGAAAGUGAGAAUAGAUUCGAUGGCUGAGGGCCUCGAGGAGGAGAGCAAGAAGUCGCUGCAGAUGGAAGCAGAAUUGGAGAAGCAACUGGCGCAAUUCGACAUGGAGAGGCAACAGUAUCGACAGGCUCUCGUGAAGGAGGAGAAGAGAGCGAAGGAUUUCGAGAUGGAGUUAGAAAAAUUGCGAAUCGAAAUGGAAUCUUGGAAAGAAUCACAGGCUCGUCCCGCCAGAAGUGUCGGCGGAGUGCCACCACCACCGCCAGCGAAACCAGCAAAUUUAGUCGCAAUGCCGACACUCAGGCCGGCCAGUGCUCCGCAAGCAAUGAAAGGUGCGAUUCUGGGUACGGGAACGCCUAUGGUUAGUAGUAAAGUUGUUCAACCCACUGCCACGGUGUCCAGUGUUCCUGUCAGUGGACCAACAACUGGGAUCGCUAGAUCAGUAACACCUGGACAGGCACUUCGCGGGGUCACAUACACACCUAAUUUAACAUCUGUGAGCGGAGAGUCUACGGCGCCUCCAGAUACACAGGCCGUAGAUAAACGACAGCCGAUAGUACCUGGCCCCGUUAAUGCCGCGGCCGCCGCCGCGGCUAAGCUUAUCACAUCGUCGCAAGCCGCAGCGGGGAAGCUUGGUUUUCAUAUCGGCCAAUCUGCGAGUCCCGUCGCCGCCGCCGCCGCCGCCGCUGCCAGCCCCGCCGUUCAACCAUCCGUUGCCGCCACCACCGCCGCAACCGCUCCUGGCGUAAUACUACCGGCGAAAAAACCGCCGAUACCGCGCGGCGUGCCGCCCCCGGUGCCACCGAACAAGCCAGUGGUACCGCCGAAAAAGGAGGCGGCCGUUUAUCUCAGAAGACCGGAAUUGCAGUCGCAGCAAAGCGCGUCCUCGCAGCAGGACGCGGUCAAGUACGGUAAACAGACGGCCUCGUCGUCGCACAGUACGGCGGCGAACACUGUGACGAGCGGAUCCGCGUCUACUGUGCAGCAAUCACUUACGGCGAACACCGGCCAGACUGUUGUCGACGAAGAGGUCAGUAACAAAACGACGACGGAAUCGAGAUAAAUAACUAUAGAGUAGUGGAAUGGGAUUAAUCACACACUCUCGGUAGGUAGGGUAAAAAAAAAGGUGCACGAAUGCAUAUAAUGAAACACUGUCAAUACACUGUCAAUGCGCUGGUAUGUGUUCAAUUAUACAGAGCAUCGUGUGAAUGUGAUUUCAGAAAAAGCUGCGUUGAUUUAGUACUGAGAAAGAAAGAAAAAAAUAAA